AUGGCAAAAGUUGUGCUACAUCGACGAAGUUUUGUCACUUUAGUUUUGGGUAAGAUUUAAUUAACUACCCUACCCUACCCUACCCUACCCACCCUACUUUACCAUACCCACCCUACUCUACCCUAAUCUUCACACCCAAAUGAAUGUAAAUCGCUUUGUUAUGAUCAACACCAUGACACAAGCCCCUACCUUACCUUACCCUGCCAUAUCAUGCCUUAUCUUGCUCUGCCAUGUCCCGCCAUGCUUUGCCUUGCCCCACACUAUUUUAUCUUGCCCUGUUCUAUUCUAUCAUGAUUUGCCCUGCCUUGCCCUACUAUGCCAUUUCCUACUCUCCUAUAUCCUGUUCUAUCCUUCCCUACCCUACCUACCAAAUCUGCCCUACUUUCCUAUUUUUAGCCCUAUUCCUCUUCCUAACAUGGACAACCUUAUCAAUACUAUCACCGUCCAAUAACAAAAAAGAUUAUUUCAUUGUGCCUGAGGGCAUGUACGCCGAAUUCAAUCAAGAAACCAAAGACGACAAAGAGUUCCGAGAAGACGGUGAUCUUCUGAAGGCCGAGCACGAUAGACGGACGGAUCCAAUGGAAAUGAAGUCAGACGAUCCGAACAGUAAAGAGAGGGGGCAGGAGAUCAAUGCCGCCAAGUUAAAAGGUAUGGAAACAAAGUUAUUGCUAUUUUUUGUUUUGCAAAGAAAGUUCUUGCCAUUUUUCGUCCUGUAAACAAAGUUUUCUCUAAAUUGCUCUCAAAAAUUAAAAUUGUUUUUUCAGAACUACAAGCAGCGAUUGUAGAGAUCAAGAAGAUGGCACAACGCUUGAUCGAAGCCAAAAAACUUCAAGAUCUAAAUCAGGAAGCGCUACAGAAUAAUGAUGCUCAGAAUCCUCAAGUUGUACCUGUUGAUCAACCACAAGAUGCUCAAGCUGUUCCAGCUAACCCAGGUGCUGUAGCUAAUAAUCAACCAGUCAAUGCUCAAAUAGCACCUGAAAAUCCAGCCCUAAAUCCACAAAUUCUACAGGGUAAAGUGCUUCAUAAUCCUCAAGAUUUGGGUCAGAAUCUGGCUCCGAAACAGCCUCAGAACGUGGUUCAAGCUCAAGCUCAGAAUCCGCUUCAGAAUCCACAAAUGCUACAAGGAAAUCAGCCGCUGAAUCCUGAUAUUCUACAAGGUAAUCAAGCUCAGAAUCCGCCAAAUCAGCCUCUGAAUCCACAAAAUCAACCACAGAAUCCACAAGAUCAACAGAAUCCUCAAAAUCAAGCUCAGAAUCCCCCAGAUGAAAACCAGAAUCCAGAACCCCUACCCGAAGUCCAACCCCUCAACUCUCACGGUGUCCAAGACGCCGAAGACAAGUCCUACCCAGACAUUCUCCCAGCUCAAGAAGCCCCGGAACGAACUCCAGAACAACACUCAUUCGAAGCCAGCCUCAAGCUGGACGAGUUCCGACUCCAGUUCGCGAACUACCGCCUCAACUACAAAAUGCUACGGCCCGCCGAGGAUGUCUGUAACAACAAGAAGGCCAUCGUCAUGAUCAUGAGCAUCGCCAACAGUGUCAGAGCACAGAAGCAGCGACAAGCCUUCAGGCUAAUGUUCCAGAAUCAGACCGAAGUCGCCUUCGUCUACCGCUUCAUCGUCGGCUUCCAGAAGGACAUGAUGGUGGAGGAGCUAAGCAAAGAGAUGGAGGAGUUCAACGACAUCGUGUAUUACGAUGCUGAGGACACUUACUACAACAACUUUAUCAAAUGGCAAGUUUUUGAGGGUUUAGGUGAGACAGGGCGGGGUAAAUCAAACGGUAGGGUGGGGGUGAAAUCAACGGGUAGGGUGGGGUAAAUCAAACGGUGGGAUAAAUCAAAGGGUGGGAUAAACCACAGGUUGGGUUAAAAAUCAAAGGGUAGGGUAAAUCAAAGGGCGGAUAUAAAUAAAAGGCAGGGUAAAAAAUGGUAGAAUAGUGUAAUUACCGCUAUGGCAGGGUAAAGAAGUGCGGAAUAGAUAAAAAAAACAACAUUUUUUCCUACAAUUAAAAAAAAACGUAUUUUACAAAUCGACACCUAAAAUCAAUACCAAAAAUUUCAAAACUUUCAAAAUUUUAAUUUAUUACCUAAAAUUAUAUUUUGACCAAUCCCACUUUUCACACUUCAAAUACAGCAAAAAAAUUCUCACAAAAUGAUCCAUAAAUCAUCCAAAUCCAUCAUCAACUUUUUGAGUUACAAACUUUCUCUCCCGAUAUUAUAGUAGACCAUCUAGUGCCCUCACAAAGAAAAGCUCAAAAAGCAUGGAAAAUAGUGAAUAUACCCCAAAAAUUAACAAAAUAAAUGUAAAAUACAAUCAAAAGUAAAGUUUAAACAUAGUGUUAAAUUAUAAAAAGCUUAUAAGCACCAGGAAAUGAGCAAGAGAUGUUAACAUAGGCAAGAAAAAUAGGAAAAAAUCUGAAAAUUUCGGAGAAACUUGAAGCUUUUUUGAUUCAAAUGUUGCGCCCCAGCAUUUUUUGGCCAAAUUUCAACUUCUGACUACCAUACGGGUUGGGCGUAUUUUACCAAUCACAUUAUCAGACAUAACUUUGCAGCCAUGUGCAAAAAAAACUCAAAAUACAAACGUAAACCAAACAAAAACUAUUUAAGUUUAGCUAAAAACCGACUUAUUUAACAGAAAAAUGAAAAUUUCAGCCCACAAACACCCCUAAAAGAAUGUAUAAAACAACCCUCUUUAACCACGAAACCCAAAAAUAGUACCAGAAAGUACCAUAAAUAUAAAGAAUGCGUACGCCACUUGAGAUUCCAAGGACGUCUCCGAUCCAAGUACUAAUCAAGCGCACCGUUGCUUAACUUGCCAGAUCGGACGGGAUGGCGUGCGUUCAACGGGCUAUAGGCGUACACGACUCUCUCUCUUUCCUUUUCGAACCCUUUCCUUUAGGGGCUCAUUAGUGGGUUCAAAGGGGGUAAAAUAGAGGAAAAAAGGGGUGUUUUAUGUGUAAAAUGAAAAAAAAAUUUAAAAAUAAAAAUAUGUAUUAUUUCCUUUCCUUUUUUUCAACUUUUUAGGCAAAAAAUAGGUAAAAUACGUAUACUGUUUUUGUCAAAUUUUAUUAUAAAAUUAAAAGUUUUUAAAUUUCAAAGAAAAAUUAAAAUUCACUUUUAAAAAACAAAAAGAAUUUUUUUUUUCAUUUUUAGGUACGCAAUGCACGACUGGCACCAGUCGUACUGUAAACAAGUAGAAUACUUUAUCAAGCUGGACGAUGAUGCUGUUAUAGUACUAGACAGAGCUUUCAAAUGGGCUGAGCGAGAUUUUGAUGGAAAAACGACUGGAAUUAAAGAUUAUGUGGCGUGUCAAGGUAUUUUCCGAAAAGGGCCUAUUAGGAACCAUAGGAACAAAUGGUAAGUAUGAUCUACCCCCUCGUUUUUUAAUUGAGAAGCCAUAUUCUAGCCUAUCUUAUCAAACCGUACCAUAUCACACCCUACCCUACCCUACCCUACCAUACCCUACCCUACCCUACCAUACCCUACCCUACCCUACCCUACCCUACCCUAACAUACCCUACCCUACCCUACCAUACCCUACCCUACCCUACCCUACCCUACCCUACCCUACCCUACCCUACCCUACCCUACCCUACCCUACCCUACCCUACCCUACCCUACCAUACCAUACCCUACCCUACCCUACCAUACCCUACCCUACCAUACCCUACCCUACCAUACCCUACCCUACCCUACCCUACCCUACCCUACCCUACCCUACCCUACCAUACCAUACCCUACCCUACCCUACCCUACCAUACCAUACCCUACCCUACCCUACCCUACCAUACCCUACCCUACCAUACCCUACCCUACCAUACCUACCAAAUCUACCAUGUCACCUAUAAAAACCCUACUCUACCAUUCCAGGUACGUGCCAGAAGAAGAGUACAAGUACCCAUUGUAUCCCGAUUGGUGUGCUGGCUAUCUGGUGCUUAUGCCUUCAAGUACAGUAGGCCUACUAUUAGACGCCGUUCAUAACGCCAACAAACUACACAUUGAUGACGUCCUUUUUACUGGAAUCGCCAGGUAUAUGACCAACACAACACUGGUCGAUUUUAUCGGGAAUCGAGAAACGGUAAGGUUUUGGAAAGAAAGUUCUGGCCAUUUUAAACUCACUGGAUGACGAGCCCAAAUUUAAAAAACAAUAUUAAAAACCAUGUCAAAUGACCAUAAGACUACCUACAACAAUAUUGGUGACAAACUAACUGUACUGCCAUUUUCAGCUCCACCCUCACAUAGAUUGCGCCCCAGAUGGCCUGAUCUACCCCUAUUCGAUGCACCAUGCCAAAACCUCAUUAUCAUUAUUACACAAGUAUCGACAGCUCCGCGAACUCAAGUGUUCACCUUGA